UCCGCUGCGGCUGAGGGGAGGCGACGUCGCCGUUGGUGGGGCCGCCGCCAGAGCCUCCGUCGCCGCCGCCUCACUUCCUCUUCCGGCCGAGAAGGAGGCGGAGGUGAGUCAGUCAGUCGGUCGGUCUGUCGGCGCCGGCGGCGGCCUCCUCCUCCUCGCCUCCCCCGCCUCCCAGGGCCGAAGGGGGACAAAAAAGGAGCGCGAGGGUCAAGACGGGGCCGCCUCCCCCCCGCCCAGCCGCCGCCGCCCCAGCCGCCAUGGAGCCGGAGUCGGUGAUCGAGGACAAGACCAUCGAGCUCAUGACAAGUGUGAAAAGGAAACCCCAUUCGAAUCCCUAUUCAUUCUGGAUUGGUGGAUCUGAAGCACAGAAACAGAGUUUCAGUGUUCUGUGCCAAGGUCUUUGUGGCUAGGCUGCUCCAACCUGGUAGAGAGCAUGUGCGCACUGAGAUGCCUGCAGAGCAUGCCCAGUGUCAGAUGUCUCCAGAACACUUCAGUAAUGGAGGAUCAGAAUGAAGAAGAGUCUCCAAAGAAAAACACACUGUGGCAGAUAAGCAAUGGAACUUCAUCUGUGAUAGUCUCAAGAAAGCGACCAUCGGAAGGAAACUACGAGAAGGAAAAAGACUUAUGUAUUAAAUAUUUUGACCAGUGGUCUGAAUCGGAUCAGGUUGAAUUUGUGGAACACCUUAUUUCACGAAUGUGUCACUAUCAGCAUGGACAUAUUAAUUCUUACUUGAAGCCCAUGCUGCAAAGGGACUUCAUCACUGCUUUACCAGAGCAAGGCUUAGAUCACAUAGCAGAAAACAUCCUAUCCUACCUUGACGCCAGGUCACUCUGUGCAGCAGAGCUUGUUUGUAAGGAAUGGCAACGAGUUAUUUCCGAGGGCAUGCUAUGGAAGAAGCUUAUUGAGAGAAUGGUACGAACUGAUCCACUCUGGAAAGGACUGUCCGAAAGAAGGGGCUGGGAUCAGUACCUGUUUAAAAAUAGACCUACAGAUGGCCCUCCCAAUUCAUUUUACAGAUCACUGUACCCCAAAAUAAUUCAAGAUAUAGAGACUAUAGAGUCUAACUGGCGAUGUGGAAGGCACAACUUGCAAAGAAUUCAGUGCCGAUCUGAAAACAGUAAAGGUGUUUAUUGCUUACAGUACGAUGAUGAGAAGAUCAUCAGUGGCCUUCGAGAUAACUCUAUUAAGGUUUGGGAUAAAACAGGACUGGAAUGUUUGAAAGUAUUAACGGGACAUACUGGCUCCGUUCUCUGCCUGCAGUAUGAUGAAAGAGUCAUUGUAACUGGAUCUUCAGAUUCCACUGUGAGGGUGUGGGAUGUGAACACCGGUGAAGUCCUGAACACACUGAUCCAUCACAACGAGGCCGUGCUUCACUUGCGCUUCAGUAACGGUUUAAUGGUGACCUGCUCGAAGGACAGAUCGAUCGCUGUUUGGGAUAUGGCGUCACCAACGGAUAUCACUCUACGCCGUGUAUUGGUGGGCCAUCGGGCGGCGGUUAAUGUGGUGGACUUUGAUGACAAGUAUAUCGUAUCAGCUUCUGGGGACAGGACCAUUAAAGUCUGGAGCACCAGCACAUGUGAAUUUGUUCGCACACUUAAUGGGCACAAGCGAGGCAUUGCUUGCCUCCAGUACAGGGAUCGACUUGUUGUGAGUGGAUCAUCAGAUAAUACUAUUAGGCUCUGGGACAUUGAAUGUGGAGCCUGUUUAAGAGUACUAGAAGGACACGAAGAACUGGUUCGAUGCAUCAGAUUCGAUAACAAGAGGAUUGUAAGCGGAGCCUAUGAUGGUAAAAUCAAAGUUUGGGACUUGCAAGCUGCUCUUGACCCUCGUGCCCCAGCAAGUACGCUGUGCUUACGCACGUUAGUGGAACACUCAGGACGUGUUUUUAGACUCCAAUUUGAUGAAUUUCAGAUCAUCAGUAGCUCCCAUGAUGAUACCAUUUUGAUUUGGGAUUUUUUAAAUGUGCCCCCCAAUGCACAAAACGAGACACGUUCUCCAUCUAGAACAUACACAUACAUCUCCAGAUAACAGUCUGCAAUUUACUGCUCUCCAAGGAUUCCACAGUCUUUGAACUACUGGAUAUUUGGCUAUUACACACCUGAAGACAUUAGCCACAGCUACAGUCAGAAGUGGUUCUAGAUGCUGUGUAGAUGCGAAGCAGCACAACUCUGUAUCUCAACUUGUCUCUUUUUCCAGUCUUUAGUCACUCAGUGAUACCCUCUGAGGGAACUGACUAGGAAUUCACUGAGUCCGGGUAGAAGAAAUCCAGUCUGUCCUUUACCGCGAUGCAAGAUCCAAAGCUUCAUGAGUAAAAUUGCCCAUAUACACUGAACUGAUGGCUUGUUUUUCCAGGAGUGAAUCAGAUGUCAAGGAAGGACUUGGCCUAAUUUAUAUUUGCUUUGCACUUUUGAUCUGACUCCGAAGAAGAAAAACAUUCUCAGUGAAAUGUGGGUGCCAAACACAUACCCGAAUGUACAGGGCUUUGCUUUCAAGGUCAUCCGCCUCCUGUAGACUUUUACAUUUCAUGACCGAUUCAGACCCUGUUUUUUGUUUCCUUUUUUUUUUGGUCUAGGAAUAUCAUUUGGACUGAUUAGAAAUAUUUCUGAAUGCCUCAGUAAUAUUUUGGAUGACAGUUUAUUUCUGCUCCAGUAACUUGCUUUAAUUUAAAGAGAUUGUAAAUUGGGCUAGAUGAUCUAAACUAGGUGUACAGCACUGUUUUUUUUUCUUUUUAACUGUACUCUGAACUACAACCGUCCUCCUCCACCUAAUGUUUGAUAUAGUUAGAUCCUUCCUAUGUGCUUGCCUCAUUUUCAAUACCGUAACUGUAUAAGCAUGUAGAUAUAAUGUACAUAACAUAACCUCCAAGUGCUGGGAGUCAGGAUCUCCUGAUACUGUACAUCGAUGCCAAGGCAUAAGCGUUUAUGCAUCAAGGCACUCUAGCUACUGGCACAGUAUGGGGUUGGGAUGUAUUACUUCGGAAAUACUCCUGUGCAAAGGAGGGUAUUCGUUAGGAUUUCCCCUGCUCUUUAAAAAAAAAAAAGGAUGAAAUAUCUCUUAAACCCAUUCUUUAAAAAAAAAUGAAUUCUGUUUUUAUUUUUCUGCACUGCAGUAGCUGCAAAGCAUCUUGAAAAAGAAACCCUUUGGCCAAAGUUGCCUAUAUAAAUAUCUUGGAAAGUUCAUUCAAAUAAACCCCUUGGGUUGCCAUGCUUAUAAGGACUUUGAGAUGAAUGGCUGUUCCACUGUGACCUUCUGGGAGAUGAUUCAUGUUCCUUGCCAUUGAUGCAGAGAAACUGGUAGCCAAGGGGCACGUGGUUGGGACUUCUCCCCUGUGGAAGUAUGACUAGCCAUGGCAAGUUAGUCAUACGCUUGCCUACAAAAAAAAAAAAAUGAACUCUACAAAUGCUAUCUCUGCAUUUUUUUUGUUAUUGCUGGGCAGCAGCAUUUCUUGGCUUCUUCUAAUGCUCGUUUGGUAAUUACUGAUUAAUGAAAUGUAACGUUGAUUGAUCUAGGAGCACUAGUUGGAAUGGAUGCUGUCUUUCUUCAGUCAUAUGGUUUUGUGUUUCUCCUUUGCUGCCACUCCUGUCUUCUCUUUUGUUCAUUCUCUCUCUCUCUCUCUCUCUCUCUCUCUCUCUCUCUCUCUCUCUCUCUCCAACUCCCCCUUUGAGGGGUCAAGGAAUGUUGAUAACCAAUUUAAAAUGACCAAUGAAUGAAUAUUGCUUAUUUAGUGCAACAGCUGUGGCUGGAUACUUCACUCGCACACCUACCAGCUUGUCAAGUCAGAUUAACAAUGAAAGCACACGUCAGAGGUUUAAAAGACGUAAUGUGAGCUGCUUCUGGUAUUCUACUCUUUGCCUUCCUAGGUGUUAUGAAUCGAGUUUGUAAAUUCUCUUUUUGAACAUUGCAAGAAAGAUGAGUUACCUGGAUAUGAUCAAAUGUCAUAGAAUCCACAAGAGGGCACAUUCCCAUGUUCUCAGAUUUUAACAUGGUUGACAGUUACGGAAAUGAUUUCUUCUCUCUCUCCCCUUCCCUGUUUCUCCAUGCAAGCUGCGAUAUGAAAGACUUUCUGUUGCAGCUCUGAAGACAAAGGUAUUUAUGGAAAACUGUCCUUUUUUAAUGCAUGUGUAAGAUGAAAUUCAUGUUUUUCCAUGGGAAAUAAUGGUAUUUGAAGAUGCAGCCGAAACUACUUUUGAUUGUGCUUGGUGUAACAUAGCUGUGGAGUUUGUGACUGGCACCCCGAGGACCUCGGCCCCUGGGAUUAAGGAUAGUGAUCCUGGCUGUACUCUGGACUUUGUUUCGCUAAUCAUAACUGAGCAGCUGUAUGUUCCUGCUAGAUUAAUGUUUCAAAGCACUGGGAUAGUCUUAUUCUAACUUGUAAUUAUGUUUGCCAGUUACCUGUUUGGAAAGUUUGUGUAUGAACAGCUUAUUUGACAACUGUUGAAUUGUACAGAUAUUGUUCAUGAUAUAAGGCUUUGUACUGUGGAAUGUGCUUAAUAAAAAAAUUCUAAACUUCAUUUUA